UAUUGUUUUUUUCUACUUCUUUUUAUCGUCCUUCAUCACACUAGCUCGGUACUCAGUGCGGCCACGUGCAUGGACGGUACCGACGAUCGUUCGUGUGCUCGGACGGUGAAGCGGUUCUUAUGCGGAACAUGAAGAACCGUCUGUGACGGAACCACACGCAUCAACACAAAGCGCCGCGUCAGUAUGAAGCCACGAACAAACGCUCCUCGUGACCGGGGCUGCUUGGUGGGAAUCAUCUUCUUCAUCCUGGGAUUGGGAACGCUGUUGCCAUGGAAUUUUUUCAUGACGGCCUCACGGUAUUUCGAGAGACGCUUAAAUGGGACGGAGAUCCUCAACGGCACAGCGCGUGAGCCAAAAAAGUACCACUUCAACAACUGGAUGACCCUCCUGUCCCAGCUGCCCCUGCUGGUCUUCACGUUACUGAACUCCAUCCUGUACCAGUGGAUAUCGGAGAAGGUCCGCAUCGCCGGCAGCCUCGUCCUGAUCCUGCUGCUCUUCGUCUUCACGGCGGUGCUGGUUAAAGUGCCCAUGGAGGAGGACCGCUUCUUCUCGGUUACCAUGGCAACCAUUUGGUUCAUCAACUCGUUCGGCGCCGUGCUGCAGGGCAGCUGCUUCGGCCUGGUGGGUCUGCUGCCUCAGAAGUACAGCUCCAUCUUCAUGAGCGGCCAGGGCCUCGCCGGGACCUUCGCUGCACUCGCCAUGCUGCUCGCCAUCGCCAGUGAAGCAGACUUUGAGCCGGCGGCUUUGGGUUACUUCAUCACUCCAUGUGUGGGAACGCUGGUCACCCUCCUCAGCUACCUGCUGCUGCCACGCCUGGAGUUUGCUCAGUUCUUUCUGAACGGAAGGAGCAAAUACGAGGAGGAAACCACAGAUGAGCUGCUGCAGGACGGCGGCAAAAUGGAGAACGGCAAGAUGAACGGUCACGCCAACGGGUCGCUGACGGCCGCCAAGAAAACUUAUGCCGAGAUGGCCUGUGGUCCAGAGGGGACCGCGCAGGCCUCCCAGCGCCUGCAGGUGGUCCAGCAGGAGCAGGCUAAAGCCUCGGUCCUGCAGGUCUUCAGAAAGAUCUGGGUCAUGGCCUUCUGUGUGACCUUCGUGUUCACCGUCACUCUGUCCGUGUUCCCGGCCGUCACCGCGGACGUCAAAACCGCAUUUCCUGGAAAAUGGGAGAACUACUUUACCUCCGUCUGCUGCUUCCUCAUGUUCAACAUCUGCGACUGGUUGGGUCGGACGGCGACCUCGGUGGUUCGUUGGCCUCGUAAAGAGUCCUGCCUCUUCCCGGCGCUGGUCGUCUCCCGGGCGGUGUUCAUCCCGCUGCUGAUGCUGUGUAACGUCCAGCCCCGCCACUACCUUUCUGCCUUCUUCACGCACGACGCCGCCUUCGUCGUCAUCAUGGUCCUCUUCUCCCUGUCCAGCGGAUACUUCGUCUGCCUCUCCAUGUCGUACGCGCCGCAGAUGGUGGAGCCGAAGGACGCGGAGACGGCAGGAGCCCUGAUGACCUUCUUCCUGGCUCUGGGCCUGUCCAUCGGAGCGGCGCUGUCCUUCGGGCUCAGGGCUCGGGUGUAGUGCUGGACGGCAUGGGACCAACCCAGGAAAACUGACAGUUUCCUUUUUAAAAGGAAUCUUUAAAAGAAAACAAAUGGAAUUUGAAUGUGCUUUAAGUUUCUGCUGAGCUGUCCUAUUUUUAAGCUUUAGUUGCGAUUUACUGAAAGCAGUUUAGAUUGUUUAAAAAAAAAAAGGGACGUCAUAGAUUUAUUUUGUUUUACUGUUGGGUUUUAGUUUGACAUUAAUCAGGUUUUGUCUGUUAGUAUGUUUUGUACUUGUGUUAAAUGUUUAACUUUGAAACAUUUCUGGUAAAAAACGAGUUCAUGUUUGAAAUUCAGAAGAUUAAAAUUCCAACGGUUUUAUGUGAUCAAAGCAAUUACUGCCAUCUGCUGGUGAAAAGAUGAACUGCUGCCUUGUUGAACUAUGCUGUCUUUCGGGGUCCAGAAGUGUUAUUCCUCUUAGGACAAAGGUAGACAGGAUGUCAGGUCUGCCAUGGACACCAGUGAAAAUAAGGUUUAGCAUGCUGCUAAUGCUAAUAUGAUAGCAAAAGGGUCAACAAUCUCAUGUCUUUGCCAUCAGUAUUGCAGUGAUUCACCAUUCCUUCACAUGAUUGUACUUUUAUUUUUGCCAAAUUUCCUCUUCAGAUUCUCAAAUGUGGCAGCUAUAGUUUCUAAACGGUUCAAACUUCUCGACCUUCAGGUGUUUUUGGGACUUUGAUUCUAAAUGUUCCUGUUCUGUCUCAUGUUUUUAUGAAACUUGCCUACCCGUGCAUGUCAAUAAAGCAGAAUCCUUCA